CAUCUAUGUUUCUGUGAUGAUUUGACUAGUUGGAAGUCUAAAUUUACUAAACUGUUAAUAAACAAUCAUAGCAAUGUAAUUAUUAUGAUAGAUUUGCUUUAAAAAAUCGAUUAUACUGCAUUCGAAGGACCUCAUCAAUUGUUAUCAUUAAAACUAUCCAUAGUUUUGGCCGAAUCGAAAAUAUCGCGGGAAACGAAAAUGGCGUCCACAUCCAUCGAUACAAUGUAUCUGGAUAAUUUAGAUGAAUAUAUCAAUGAUGAAAACAAAGUUGUGACCUACAGUUGGUUAAGCAUUACCUUGCAAGUACAUGUGAACCUAGCUAAACAGAUGUUAUUCAACUUUGUGAAGCAACAGAGAAGUGAAAAGGAUUCUGAUUGCCUUCAUGUCACCUAUUUUGUGGCAGGAAUAACGGAUAAAAAGAAGGAUGGAACCAAAGUGGUCUUUUGUAGUGUGGUUCCUGAAGAAAAAUUGGAAACUGUUAAAAGCUCUCUUCAACAAUUAUACAGUUGUCAUAUAUAUAGUGUUCAAAAAUCCAAAUUAAAGGAUUCCAGUGUACUAUAUAUUACAGAUUACCAGAAAAUGAAAGAAAGUGAGAUUGACUCAUCCAGGUAUAGUGCAGUUAAGUAUGAUGCAGCACAAAAGACAGAGAGGAAAGUUAAAACUGAGGAUAUUCAACCUAAUUCUCCUUUAAAGACAUCUGAUGAAACAUCCAUUAAAACAAAAAGUGACAGCAAUAACAACAACAAUAACAGCAGCACUAACAGUUCCAAGGCUUCAGUUACCAAAUCAGUAAUUGCUGGAAUGUUUGCUCAAUGCAAUAAGAAUAAUAUUUCCAAACAAGCAUCUACAGAUCAGAGUAGUAAUAAUUCUGAACCGAAGAAGGAACAGGCAGCUAAAAAGGUUUCAAAGAAACCAACUGGUGUGCUAUCUUUCUUUUCUUCUGCAGGAAAAUCGGAGAGCAUUGCGAUCAAAUCAGAAAAUACAGAACCAUCUAGAAAUACUUCUAAUAAUAUGCAGAAAGAAGUCAAAAAACCUCUUCAAGAAUCUGAUUCAGAAGAUGAUAUGUUCCAAACAAAGAAGCGGCGCCGCAUUGUCCGAAAUAUCAGUAGUGAGGAAGAAGAUGAUUUGUUCCAAGAUAAGAAGCGGCACCGCAUAGUCCAAAAUAGCAGUAGUGAAGAAGAAAUGGAACCAGAGGAACCACUUCCAAGUCCACCUAGUCCAGAGAUGAUGCCCACUGAUGCUGAUAUCAAGGAUGACGCAAGGGAAGAAGGUUCAGCUGUAGAAAAUGGCAGUAAGCAAAACACUGAAGAAACAGCAGCAAGAGAAACAGAAUCUAGAAUUGUCGUUAAUAAAGAUGGAAAACGAAGGAAACGGAUAAAAAGACAGAAAAACAAGAGGUUUUUGGAUGAUGAAGGUUUUAUGGUGACAAAGAAAGUUAUGGUCAGUGACUCAACUGAUGUCUCUGAUGAGGAAACAGAAAAAAACUCUAAACCUCCAACAACAGCUGCACCUCUUGUACUGUCAGCUGCUCAGCUCAAGAAACCUGUCUCGAAAACAAGUGUUCCUGAUAAAGGACAGAAGAAGCAGUCAUCCUUGAUGUCAUUUUUCAACAAAAAAUAAAUACAUUGUUCAG